AUGAAGGCAUGUUGGAGCUCAUGGCUUGAUGUAUUCUCGAAUGAAGUCUUCAAUCUGGAUGGUUUCUCCGAUGCCUCAGCGACAGUGACUUUGUUGGAGCAAUGCGUGAAGGAGAACACUUCUCCCUCAAUUCCAAUGGUGAAGUCAUUCGCUAUAUCAGCAGUAGAGACUGCACUCCUUGAAGCCCUCAGUUUCUCACUGCAAAAACUCAUCAACCAAUGA